AUGCCUGAGGUUGGGACAGCUAUUGGUGCUCUCUCUCCCAUCACAACAACACUGACACCACCAUUACCACAACUGACUCCCCCCCCCGCUAGCCGCAGCAUCCGCACUAGCAACCAAAGCAUCAUCAGGACUACCACCGCUACAUACAACCCUAACGUCAACACGAUCGUAGUUACCACCACCAGCAUUGCCAGCACUAGUAACAACAAAGACAACAAACGUAUAAUACAAGCAGGAACUUGA